UAUUUGACUUUUUGGCUUUAAAUACGGGGUGGUAACCUCUGAGCAUGGCAUACCAUCACCCUCUUCAUCAAGCAAAAAAAAAAAAAGCAACUUGAAGAUUACAAUGAAGAAGAGCUCCAUGCCUCAUCCCUACCACAGCUCCAAAAUUGCAGACCCUAAUGUUAAUGGUGAUCAUUUGAAAGAUAAUAGAGGCGUCAGGUCCAACGUGACAGAGAAAAAGUCAGCUGCUGGUGCUGCCACUAAUAAGCUGGAGAAAAAGCCAUCCGUCGACAUAAACGAAAGUGCGGAGGCCUUCAUCCAGAAAUUCAGGCACCAGCUUCUGCUCCAGAGGCUUGAGUCCAUUGAAAAUUAUGAGAAAAUGUUGGCUAGAGGACUUUGAUCAUCGAUGCACUGGUAUUCUCUGCUGGCCAAACAUAUUUCAUUUGCUUCUUUUAGCUUGUAUUCUCUCUAUUAUGAUUUACGAAUAUAAAUAUGAAGUGCUGAAAUGAUGAUCAUGUAAAAGAAUAUUAUAUAUAAAAUUCUUCAUAUUAUUUUAAAAGUAUAAAUAAAUACAACCAUUUCCAUA